CUACAAGUCACUAGAGUUUAGAUACAGUUAGUGAUCGACACAUUGAGAUGGAACGAGCCUGUCUUCAACUCUUGCUGUUGAGUACUCUGGUAUACUGUAGCCUCGGACAAGGUGGAGCCUCUCUGAGUGUCAGUCCUGACAGAUCUCAGUUCUUUGAAUUUGAGUCUGUCUCUCUGAGCUGUGAGGUUCAGGGGAAAUCUGCUGGAUGGAGAGUGAAGAGAUACACAGUCUCUGGGGAGAGUUCAGAUUGUGGAAGAAAAUGGGGAAAACCAGAAGGAUCUUCAUGCAACGUGUCACUAAUAAAAUCAUACAGUGGAGUGUACUGGUGUGAGUCUGGAUCUGGAGAACACAGCAACUCUGUCAACAUCACAGUACCUGCUGGUGCUGUGAUCCUGGAGAGCCCUGCCCUUCCUGUGACUGAGGGAGUUUCUGUGACUCUGCGCUGCAGAUAUCAGGGAACUCUCUCUAACCACACAGCUGAUUUCUACAAAGAUGGAUCCCUGAUCAGGACUGAGACUACAGGAGAGAUGACCAUCCCUGCAGUAUCCGAGUCAGAUGAAGGACUCUACAAGUGUACCAACUCUGAAGGAGAAUCACCAGAGAGCUGGAUGACAGUGACAGCCUCUCUCUCUCCUCCAGCUUCUCUCUCUCCUCCAGCCUCUCUCUCUCCUCCAGCCUCUCUCUCUCCUCCAGUAUCUCUGAGUGUCAGUCCUGACAGAUCUCAGUUCUUUGAAUUUGAGCGUGUCUCUCUGAGCUGUGAGGUUCAGGGGAACUCUGCUGGAUGGAGAGUGGUGAGGAACACAGAGAGAGGGAAUGUUUCAGAGUGUAAUAUUGACUGGGGAAAACAACAAGGGUCUUCAUGCAUCGUGUCACUAAAACCAUCAGACAGUGGAGAGUACUGGUGUGAGUCUGGGUCUGGAGAACACAGCAAUGCUGUCAACAUCACAGUAUCUGCUGGAGCUGUGAUCCUGGAGAGCCCUGCCCUUCCUGUGACUGAGGGAGAUUAUGUGACUCUGCGCUGCAGAUAUCAGGGAACUCCCUCUGACCUCACAGCUGAUUUCUACAAAGAUGGAUCCCUCAUCAGGACUGAGACUACAGGAGAGAUGACCAUCCCUGCAGUAUCCAAGUCAGAUGAAGGACUCUACAAGUGUAACACCUCUGAAGGAGAAUCACCAGAGAGCUGGAUGACAGUGACAGUUCCAACUUCCAUUCCAUCUCCAGCAGUCCCAGUGUUGUCCAUGUCUCUACCCAGGCUGCUGUGUAGUCUACUGGUGGGGUCUCCCUACCUGCUGGUGACCAUCAUACUGCUGGUGAAAGGCUGCAGGAGCAGGGCUCAAGGUGAUCGUGUUGAAGAAGAGUGAGGCUGAGAUCACCUGAUCACCAUAACAACCAUCAGAAUGGAACUCAUGGAAUUCUAAUAUAGAACUGUGAGUCACAAUGCUGUAUGUUGUUACAUUGUAGCUCCACCUGCUGGAACAAUAGUGGCAUUUGAUCAAAUGUGAUCUAUUAACUGAUACAUGUAUUAUUCUGAUUGGAAUGUGUUUUAAUAUAAUGUGUGUUGUAUUAUUCAUUCAGCAGCUGUCCUUUAACAUCAGUCAUAUACUGGUCAUAUACUCUAUAGCCUUAUGGUUGAUACAUUGUAAAUGCCUUAACUUUUCAUGUCUAUACAGAUCAACUGAUAGGUGUUGAGGUUCAGGCAUUAUUGUUACAGGUUCAGUAUAAUGUUAUACCGUUACAUGUUACAGAGAUAGAAAACAUACAGGAGAGGAGAAUUCAAUUAUUACAAUUAUUUACUUUAUUUUGUUUAAACAUGACUAAUGUAGGGCUUUUGUUUUGUGG